AUGGACCACGCCGUUGACGAUAUCGCCUCGAACCUCACCAGCUUCGAAAAAGCCUUCUACGGUGCCUCAGCCACCUUUAAGAACCUCCUGACUAUGAACCAGAAGAUGCGCGCCCUUCACGGCGACGCCCCCGACCCCGCCUUCACACUGCAGGGCCAGCACAACCGCGCCGCCCCUUCGAACAUGCCAACCUCGCUGCACCUACAACUUGAACAGAGCCACAUCCUCGACCUCGACUAUGACGGGGCCCCGAGCGGCUUCGCCACUUCGCUCUUGCGCAUCGAUGGGAGUGCGCAUGGGGUGGGGAUCAGUGUCCGUCCGGAAGCAUCACGCAACCGUACGGGGAUUGACCCCCAGAUCCGUGAGCGGUUUCAGGAUCCAGAGCGGGACGAGGACGUGUGCCGCAUCGCUGAUUCUCAAGCCACUAUCAGAAACACCCCUCUCGGAGGCUUCGGCCUUGUCCUAGCCAACGCUGCCCUCGACUUGCCCGAAGACGUUACGUCGUGGACCAACCGCGAUGUCCACUUGAUAUACGCGCAGCUCCUCGUCACGUUGCAGUAUGUCGCCCUAGGCGGGUCCCUGGUGAUCUGCCUGCCGACGCGUCCGCUCUCUUGGGUUGUCGAUAUCAUCGCAAUCUUGAGGCAGGCUUUCGACGAGUUGCACAUCACCGCGGCCAAUCUGGCCCCGGACGACCAGGCAAGAAGGCCCCUUGCAUACGUCGUCUGCCACCGCUGCGGAGCCAGCGAUGGUACGAAACGCAUACACAUUAGUCGCCUUCAAACCGCUAUCCAGUCCUUGAGGCGCACCAGUGUCAGCAGUGGGCCGCUCGCCCCGUGCCUUUCCGGCGUCCCAGAGAACGACAUCCUGGUCCGCCAGAAAGAGUUCGUCCUGAAGCUGUUCGGACCCGUGUGGAAAGGCCAGCACGAUGCUGUCUACAAGCAAUAUCUGGCCUUGAUAGGACGUGGACAUGGAGAUCAUUAGGCGAUCUGAACAGGAAUGGCAUCCGUCAUUCUGCUUUUCAUGCCGCGCCUUUGUACAUGUAGUUGAUCAGUGCUAUGCUGCUCCGUCUCUGCUUUGUUCGCUGUGCUUUCUCUUGCUUUGUUUUGCCAAGUCGCUAUCAUGUUUGUUGUCGCGUAUCUCUUGCUUUGCCCCGGGGUGUGUACGAUAUGAUGAGGCUGUGACUGUCACCUGCUGGAUUACAAUAUAC